CAGAAAUUACCGCAACCACUGUGAACCACAAUAGAUAACACUCGCGUACUUCCCAUCAUAUAACGCAUUCCACUUGUCGAGCGCGUACCCGUUGAAAAUUUCCUGGCACCUGUUCCUUUCUCCAGGAAACUUAAAAAUAGCUCAGCUGGACAAUAAUACGGAGCCGGAGUUGGCAUGGCUUUUCCCUUAUCACAGACGCACUGGCCAUGUCCUGCCCGUCGGAUGCCGCCUCUCAGUCCCAACAGCAGUUCGUCCUACGAUGGCACUACCACGAGCCGACGCUUCUCCACGGCUUGUCCUACUUCCUGGACCAGGACGUCCUCACCGACGUCACCAUCUCUGUGGGUGCCCAUCAGCUGAGGGCGCACAAGGUCAUCCUCGCAAUGUGCAGCGUCUAUUUCCUUCAGAUGUUCCAGGAGUUGAAAUCCACGCAUCCAGUGGUGGUUCUGCAUAAUGUGAGUUUUGAUGAAGUGAAGGCAAUAUUGUCCUUCAUGUACAGAGGCCAGUGCGUUGUUUCGCAAGAACAACUUCCGAGUUUACUGUCUGUUGCCAAAUUACUCAAAGUUCAAGGGCUGUGUGAUAUGAAAGUACCUGAAAAACAAGUACAAACCUCUUUGGCACCAGAUAGAGACGAAUGUGUCCAAGAACGGGGCACAGGCAGAUGCGACACGCUGACGAACGAACAAAUAUGUGAUACCUACGAAAAUGCUCUUUACAAAACCUACGUUAGUAGGCAAGAACAACCUGAAAGUAUUAAUUUGAAAAGACAAACCAAUGAAGAUAUGCAUGCCGUACAAGAUUUAAGUAAAGAUAGCCAAGUUACCGCGGCUUACAACAGGAGCCACAGUUUACCACAUCAAAUGGAUGAUAAUAAGACUGUACCAGCGAUAAAUGACCCUCCAACCCCUAUAAAAUCAGACGAAGACUGCUGCCCACCAUUCCCGCCAUACCCUGCUAUGGCUCCAGGUCGAAGGCAGCUACCUCUAAUGACACCUCGCGAAUCCUCAGAGACCUGCAAGUGUUUCUUGUGCGGAAAAUACCUCAGCAAUCAGUACAAUUUGCGGGUGCAUAUGGAGACACAUGAAGAAGCUUACCACGCCUGUCAGUCUUGUCCACACGUGUCCCGAAGUAGGGACGCGCUUAGGAAACAUGUGUCGUAUCGACAUCCUGAAGAGUAUCAUAAUCGAAAACGCAAAAAAACAUCUGAUAGCUAAAACUUGUAUUAGGAUUAAUUAAUUAAACAUUGUAAUGAUUUUACAAUAUAUGGGUUUUAAUUCCCAAGUGUCCUGAAAAUAGGG